GUCAAAGCCGUGUUCCUCCCGAAGGACAGUAAGUGUCAUCAUUAUGACGUCAGCGGGAUGACGUCGUAUCUGGAGAGCAUCGAUUACAACGUUUCAGCGGUAUCGGCUGCUGCGAAUAAUGUUAGUCAAGUGGAAUGCCAGCGCGGGUACGAUUUCUCUAAAGACGAGUACACGUCAACGAUUACCUCUGAUUUUGAGCUGGUCUGUGCCAACAAGUACUGGAGGAGUACGUCACGCAGCGUGUUCUUUAGCGGCCGUCUGUUUGGUGCCAUCGUCUUCGGUCAGUUGUCGGACAGAUUCGGCAGACGUCCCACUUUUCUGAUCGGAGUUCUGUCCCUUCUGAUAGCAGGCGUCAUCGCGUCUGUUGCCCCCAACAUGUUCGUGUUCGUCCCCAUGUACUUCCUGCAGGGGGCGGCACACACCGGGGCGUUCCUGGUGGCCUUCACUGUCUCCACAGAACUGGUGGGGCCCAGGUACCGGGUGGUGUCCGGCUUUGUCAUCCAGAUCUUCUACGGCCUGGGCUACGUGGGGCUGGCCGGCCUGGCCUACUUCAUCAGGGAGUGGCGCUACCUGGAGCUGGCCAUCACACUUCCGGCUGUCUUGUUUGGCGCCUACUGGUGGUUGUUGCCUGAAUCGAUUCCCUGGCUACUGUCACGUGGUCGUGAUGCCGAGGCUGAGGUCAUCAUACGUCAGGCGGCCAAACACAACAAGGUCACGCUGGAGGAAGAGUUCAUGGAAAAGCUGAAGGAGGGGGCCCAGCGCAAGAGUGGGGAGAGGAACUACUACUUCUAUGACUGUUUGAGGACCGUUCAUAUGGCCACCAUGUCCCUCAAUGUCUGGUUCAACUGGCUGGUCAACUCCCUCGUCUUCUACGGGAUCAGCAUCAACACGGAGAACAUGGCCGGUGACCCGUACCUCAACUUCGGCAUGAUAGGAGGGGUGGGGAUCCUGGCCUACGUUCUGUGUCUGGUCGUGGUCAACAGGACGGGCAGACGUCUGUCUCUGGUGGUCAGCAUGUGUGUGGGGGGAGCGGCUCUCAUUGUGGCCGGGCUGCUCUUCACUAACCUGGAUGAAACCUCGAAGAUCUGCGUCCAGGUGUUCACUAUGUGCGGCAAGUUCUGCAUCACUGCAUCCUACGCCAUCGUCUACCUCAUGGCUGCCGAGCUGUUUCCUACCGUUGUCAGAAACGUCGGGAUGGGCGUGGCUUCCAUGUCAGCGAGAGUUGGGGGCAUCUUCGUUCCCUACAUCCUUGAACUCAAGGACGUUUGGGGGUCACUUCCGCUCCUGGUGUUCGGGAUUCUGGCCAUUGUUUCCGGUCUACUAGCCCUCUUCCUGCCGGAGACAACCAAGAGGCCACUUCCGCAGACGUUUGAUGACGUCAAGGACAGGAACCACGGGUUGCAGUGCCGUUGGCUGCGGAAGUCUAAGACACACGAUGUAACCUCUGACAAAGAACAGGAAAUGACGUCACCCGGAAGUAAAGGAGCUGCGGAUCACAACGCUCCGCAGAAAGUAGCGUCUACAGAAAAAUGGCAGCUGCUCCGUGAAUCUUAAUUUAAUUCUUAAACAGGUUACUGUAAGUUUAGAUUAACUGCUUCAACAUUAAUUGUAAUUUUAGAAGCCAAAAUAUGUUAAGUAACAUCUAAGAAGAGUUCAAUAUCU